UUCCACUCCUCUCUUCGUCAAUUUCGCAGGGUGGUCCUUACUUCGCUAUUAAUUCCCCUAGAUGACUCAACUAGUUGACUAGUUCCCCCAAUUGGCUCUUCUGUGGAGCAAUCCUGACCUAGUGUGGUUCGUUUUCCCCAAGGCAGGUCCUUUGUGCGAAACCGUAUAUCCUCGACUGUCCACACUCCAUCUUUGUUCCUCCUCCUCUGAUUCCUCCUACAACUUCAUCGUGCGUCACCUUCCUCAGCAACAUGUCGGAAGAAGCAGGACAUCAGGAGGAGCCCUUGGUUGCGCCUGUCCAGACUGCAAAGAACGAACCCUCAACGAAUGUACAAGAGAAAGAGCCGCGGCCAGGGCGCCUGACGCCGCGCCCCAGCUUCCUCGAAAACCUCGCCAAUUCCCGUGAUAGCCAAUUCAUGCUUGACCGACGCAAUUCGAGUGAGCUCGUUCGAUACUUUCAUGGCCCCCGCGAUCUCGAUAGACACUCCAAAUGGCCCCUCGCCUUCCGUAUGCACGGCAGUAUCAUGCCCAAGAUGAUCCUACCCUUAUUCUUAGUCGCCCUCUGGUCUACGGCUAUUACUUGCAUUUCACACUUUGUGCACUCUCUUGGUAUCAACAGUAUCCUGCUCACAAUCACCGGCUUCGUUGUCAGUUUGGCGCUUUCGUUCCGCAGUUCGACUGCCUAUGAGAGAUGGGCGGACGGACGCAAAUACUGGGCAUUGCUAAUCCAGACAUCUCGCAACCUCGCACGGACGAUUUGGGUGAACACUGCUGAGCGUCCAGGAGAGCUGGGAAAGGAAGAUCUGCUGGCGAAACUGACGGCGUUCAACCUCAUUCUCGCCUUUGCCGUCGCCCUCAAGCACAAGCUCCGAUUCGAACCUGAUGUCGGCUACGAAGACCUCGCAGGGCUCAUUGGCCAUCUCGACACCUUCGCUAAGGAGGCCCACGACCGUCGAGUUCUCCAGCCCCCGAAGAAGUCUCCCUGGAAGAACUUCGGUGAAUACCUAGGCGUGUCCUUUGCCGAGUCGAACCCCCGCAAGCUCAUCAAGCGGUCCAAGAAGCCUUUGGGACAUCUGCCGCUGGAAAUCCUGAACCACCUGUCAGCCUACGUCGAUCGCUGCAUUGGUAAUGGAACUCUUUCCUGCGGUCUUCACCAAAGUCAACUCAUUGGUGGUAUCUCCACCUUAAACGAAUGCCUUACCGGCACUGAGCGCGUUCUCGAUACUCCUCUCCCUGCCGCAUACACCAUUUCCAUCGCCCAGAUUUCGUGGAUCUAUGUCAUGGUUCUCCCCUUCCAGAUGUACAACUACCUAGGUUGGAUCACCAUUCCCGGCUCGAUCGUCGCCGCCUACAUUAUCCUCGGUCUUGCCUUCAUCGGCAGCGAAAUCGAGAACCCCUUCGGACACGACGUCAAUGAUCUGCCCCUCGAGACCUACUGCCGUCAGCUCGCCAACGAACUGGAUAUCAUCUCUGCCAUGCCGCCGCCCAAGCUCGAUGAGUUUGGUGUCCGCGAGGACAACUUCGUGCUCUUCCCUCUGAGCACGUCUGGCUACAAUGAAUGGAAGGAGCGUUCCGUCGAGGACAUCCGCGCCGCCCUGCGGUCCAAGGUCGUCGUCAACACAGCCCCAGCAGAAUCGGAGACGACGACCAUGGUCGGAAGCAUGAGCAGCAAGCAGACGGUUUAAGCAUUGUGAAGUGUCAGAAAAACUGGUGAUAGAAGAGUGAAUUGUGGUAAUGUGCAUUCGAACCCGAGGCGGGGAAAAAUUAAUGGAUUUGGCGUCUUGUUUAAGCAUGCGCGUCCGGUGUUUAUGUUGUUGAGCUAUAUUGACUUCUGAUGGCGGACGGGUUAGAUGUGUACAUGGGUUCUCUUUGGGUCUUUUUGGUAUGCGGCUUGGGACAUAUGGUUCAAUUAGCUCUGCAAUAGUGGGAAAAGUACUGUACAAGAAAGAAAUAUGUACAUAUAUUCAAUCUCUCCUCG